AUGCCGCGGGCGCACCAGCACAACCUGAAGGCGGGCUGCCGCAUCGAGGGCGCCGCUGACAAGGCCGACAAGGCCCAGGACAAGGUCGCGCGCGUCGUCGUGCUCUCAAUGGCGCGGUACGCCAACCUCGUUGUGCCGAGCCUGCCGCUCGGCGUGAUCGACCAGGGCUUCGCCUCGACGAGGCUACAGUACGGCGCGAACGUCAGCGCGUCAGCGAUCGUGAUCACAGAGGAGGCCGGGUGCGCGUUCCAGAUCGGUAACCAUGUGCACGAGCUGAUGAACGCCGCGCUGCUCUCGCUCACGCUCGGUCUGCGCCUCGUGCGGGGGCUGGGCGCGUACACGUGCGGCGGCCUGUUCAGCAGCACUGGGCUGUUCGACGCGCUGCCGCUGCUCGACGCGACGCGCGAGCUCUGCCCGCUCAAGUGCCCGCUCCAGAACGCGGGCGCGCCGAUGUGCGCGCGUGCGCCGUCGCCGUGGUGCAGCAUCGACCGCGACCUCGGUCACGGCAACUUCUCGCUGUUCGGCCGGCCCGGCGCCGAGGCAUACCACCUCAGGCAGAUGGACAUCGCGGGUAAGUUCCAGUCGCAGGAGGCCGCGAUGAGCCGGCGCGUCAGCCCGGCCGCGGCCGCGCUCUUCGCGCGUGCGGGCGGGCCGCACGCGCUUUACGGUCGCAUCUUUGCAGACUUCUUCCGCUUCAGGGAGGACCGGCCCGCGCUCGCGCGCGCGCUCGCCGCGCUGAAGCAGCGGCGCGCCGCCGAGGGCCACGGGCAAGUUGUCACCAUCGCCGCGCAGAUCCGCCACCGCACGUCGUGCCAGCACGGCCACGAGAAGGUUGAGCUCUUUGCGCGCGCGAUCCGAGAACUCGCGCGUGGCCGGCGCUGCGAGGUGUUGCUCGCAAGCGACCGCCGCGCGACGUUCGCAGCGCUCGAGCGCGCGCUUGGUAACGAGUGCGCGCUGCACAGCGUCGAGCGCAACAACGCGUCGCAGCCCGGGCAAUUUGUGGAGCACGGCGUCGACGCGCUCGAGACGGCGGCCGCUGACCUCGGCCUGCUCGCGCGCGCCGACCACCUCGUUGGCACGUGGGGCUCGACGUUCACACUCCUCAUCCAGUCGCUCAUCGCGAACCGCUUCUUGCGGCGCGGCGCGGUCGCGCGCGGCGAGCCGCCGGUCGUCGUGUACUGCGAUGCACUGGCCGCAGAUAAAUCGAUGGGUGAGCUGCAGCGAGAUACGCCAGUCGGCUGGUCCAGGUGCCUGCGCCCGCUGCCGCUCAUCGCCAACUGGCACAUCUCGCUGCAGAGGUGGCCGCAGAUAGAUCUAUGGGUAGGUUGA